AUGCCUUUAAACAUCAGAGCCAAGCCUUCGCAGAGUAAACUCUCUGCCGGCUCCAAGAGCGCUGGACAUGCCGAUGGCGGCCCGCCUCACUCUCGCUUCUCCAGGUCCCCCAAACAGGGCAAGAGCAAACAGGCCCUGAACUCUGGGCCCGGCUCCCGCUCCGGGUUAGAGCCGGGCUCGGUGUCAGGCGGCGGGCCUGCAGUGGGGUCAAAAACACCUGGAGGUCAAGGGUCUGCUUCAAGGCCAAAUUCAAAGCUUAAAGUUGGAUUGGCGGCUGACACGCGGACGGUAACCGGCUCGGGAACGGCUCCGGGAGGGAAAACCUUGUCCAUGGAGAACAUCCAGUCUCUGAGUGCAGCCUAUGCCACUUCCGGCGCCAUGUACCCCAGUGACCGGGAUGCCUUGGAGGCAUCGGGCGGAUACCCCAAAGGCACCAUGACCCUCGGCAGGACCGCCAGUCGCUCCUCCUACACUGGCCGCUCCACUGCCAUGGGCAGCAGCCCGAACAUCACCUCCUCCGGGGUACCACAGCCAUCAGACCCUUACGGAGACCCGACCCAACCGCUGCUGACAAGGGACUCCUCCAGUCUGAGGCGCCGGCCUGCAAGGCAACCGCCGGCCUCGGAGUCGGUGAGACGCGUAGAAGGGUCGAGUCUGGAUCUCCAGGAUCAGCUGAAGGAGCUUCAGAGAGAGAACAAGCUGCUGAGGAGAGAGAUAGACGGAGGAAGGGACGGGAGGGCGUGUCCCAGCGCAAACAGUGUGAACUUCUGGAGCCCGGAGGUGAAGAGAGACAGGGGCCCGCGGCGGGAGGAGGGCGUUAGGACCUCCAUUCUGAAGGACCAGUACAGGACUAACCAGGAGGACAGCCAGCCUCUGGAUAUCAGAAGGAAUAAGCAUCUUCCGUUAACAGUACAGGAGUUACAGGAGGAGUUGAGGGCACACAGGGAGACAAACAGUCGACAGCAGCAGCAGGGGGGAAGCUGUGGCUCCUACAGAGACCUCCACAUGGACCAGGACCCCAGAGGAAGUGUCAGUCCGGGUCACAGUCCCAGACAGAGUCCCAGUCUGGGCCCCGGCCCCCUGCACAGCCCCCGAGCCAGCCCGUCCAACACCCUCAGACAACAGGAGGCGGACAUCAUCAUCCACAGCCCUAGCUAUGGCUCCACCGCUGGGGGGGCCACACAGAGACACAGCCCAGCCAACACCCUCCACCCGGGGCCGAGAAACAGCACUGGCCCUAGCCUCAGUCCAGGUCCGGGGCCUGGCUCUAGCCCGGCUCGGUCCCGUAGCCCCUGCCAGGUGCCUGGGUGUGAUGGCUUCUCCUCCCCACCGCCUCUGGACCCAUCAGAAGAGAACUUCUACCGGCUGCAGUCGGAGCAUGAGCGGCAGGCCAAGGAGCUUUUCCUGCUGCGGAAGACGAUGGAGGAGAUGGAGAUGAGAAUCGACUCGCAGAAGCAGACGCUGGGCGCCCGCGAUGAUAGCAUCCAGAGGCUGCUGGAGAUGUUACAGGGCCACGGCAGCAGAGGACACAAGACGGGCAUUGUAAGCAUGGCCGCCCAGGAGGCUGAGGCCCAGCUGGAGAGCAUGCACGUGAGAGAGACCGCCAGCCCCCCGUUCUGUUUUGAUCCAGAUGUUAUCUGGCAGGACACCAAGAUCUCGUCCCUGGAGAGAAACAUCAGAGACCUGGAGGAUGAGGUGCAGAUGUUGAAGACCAGCGGCCUGCUGCACCCUGAUGACAGGCAGGAUGAGCUCAAGCAGGUGGAAAUCUACAAGAGCCACUCUAAAUUCAUGAAGACCAAGAUAGAGCAGCUGAAGCAGGAGCUGAGUAAGAAGGAGACAGAGAUGCAGGCCCUGCAGACCAAACUCGAAACGCUGACCAACCAGAACUCCGAUUGUAAGCAGCACAUCGAGGUGCUGAAGGAGUCGCUCAGCGCCAAGGAACAACGGGCCAACACUCUGCAGACGGAGGUGGAUGCUCUGCGGGUGCGCCUGGAGGAGAAGGAGCAGUUUCUUACCAAGAAGACAAAGCAGCUGCAGGACCUGAUGGACGAGAAGAGCACGUUGACCGGCGAGAUCAGAGACAUGAAGGACAUGCUGGACGUCAAAGAGAGGAAGGUCAAUGUCCUGCAGAAGAAGAUUGAGAACCUUCUGGAGCAGCUGAAAGAUAAAGACAAACAGCUGGCCGGCCUCAGGGAGCGGGUCAAAGGCCUUCAGACCGACUCGAGCAACACAGAUACCGCCCUGGCCACGCUGGAGGAGGCGCUGUCAGAAAAGGAGCGAGUAAUCGAGAGUUUACGUGAGCAGAAGGAGCGGGAGGACAGGGCUCGGAUGGAGGAGCUGGAGCUGAUGAGGAAGGAGAACCUGGAGCUGAAGAACAGGCUGUCGGCUCUUCAGCCCCAGAACCUGUCUGCGAGCCUGGCCAGCAACGCCGUACAGACCACCGGACAGAAACCCGAUGGAGAGGCCCCUGCCAAAGUGGAUGGGGUCCCAGCAGUAGGCCCUAUGACCCAGAAUCCCGAGGAAGCUGGCCGGAAGUGUCUGGAUAUCACAGACCGUCUGCGGCUCUUGGAGCAAGAAGUGGCGCGCUACAGAGAGGAAUCGGGGAAGUCGCAGGCCGAGGUGGAGAGGCUAAUGGUCGCUCUGAGGGAUGCCGAGACGGACAGAUGCAACAAGGACAAAAAGAUUGUAGAUCUGGAGAGACCUGGGCAAAUCAAGUCUCCUACCAUCCAGAAGCAGACGGUCCCAGGGGAGGUUAGGAAAGACGGCAUCGCUGAUGGACACCCACACUCUCUGUCACAGGUUUGCUUGUCGCAGGGUGCAAUGCAGGAGACAGCGGAGCGGAUCAGGGAGCUGGAGUGGACGCUGAGGGAGAGCAUGAACACCUCCGCCCACAGGGAGGCGCUCUGGGCACAGGAGGAGGCCGCCCGCAGCCAUGCUCAGCGACAGCUGGAGGAGUUAAUGGGGGCCUUGGAAAAGACGCGUCAGGAGCUCGAUGCCACCAAAGUGCGUCUGACUUCCACCCAGCAGUCACUCCAUGAGAGGGACGGACACCUCAACAGCCUGCGCCAAGAGAGACGCAAACAGCUGGAGGAGAUCCUGGAGAUGAAGCAGCAGGCUUUGUUGGCAGCCAUCAGCGAGAAAGACGCCAACAUCGCCCUGCUGGAGCUGUCCUCUUCUAAGAGGAAGAAGGCGCAGGAGGAGGUGAUGGCCCUGAAGAGGGAGAAGGACAGGCUCAUGCACCAGCUCAAACAGCAGACUCAGAGCAGAAUGAAGCUCAUCGCCGACAACUACGAGGAAGAUCACCUCCACCCUCAUCAUCAUCCUCAUCAUCUUCCCCACCCGCACACGGUGCAUGUGCACCACCACCGCAGCCCGCCGAGAGGGCCAGUUCAUGCCAACCACAGGCCGCCCAUGGACCAGAGCUGA